UUCCUGUUUUCCAUCUGCCACCGACCCUCCGUCGUUUGCUUUAGCCUUUGAGCUUUUCAGGCGCCAAUUCACCCACAAACAAAUGAUGGAAAAUAUUACCGAAAGUUGGACCUAUUACGUGUACGUGCUGCUGACACUGGUUCCAGUAUAUUUGGCAUUUCAAUUAAUUAAGUUUUUCGGCUGGGAAUUGUUUGUCAACAACUGACACAACUUACCAAAUGAAAAUAAUAACAAGAAGCGCAUACGUGGCAAAGGCGUUUUUAACCAGCUGCGUUGAAGCUAAAGCUGAUAAAAUAUUUAUACAAAAAAA